AUGGCGCGAAUAAAACUGAAAAAGUUGGAGGAGUUUUUGCAGGGAAUUGACGGAUUUGAGGAUCCCAAAAUCCUCUUGGAACAGUACCAAACACCUCCUCAUAUCGCCAGCUGCAUGCUCUAUGAAAUUCAGAGUCAAUUUGGGGAUCUUGAAGGGAAGGUAGUCGCAGAUUUGGGCUGCGGUUCCGGAAUGCUAAGCAUAGGAUCGUUCCUCCUCGGAGCAGCUCAUACAGUUGGUUUCGAAAUAGAUCCGGAUGCAGCAAGUAUUUUCGUAGAAAAUGCCACUGAAAUGGAGAUUCCUAUUGAUUGCAUCCUUUCUGACGUUACAAGGGAUCUCCCAGAAUCCCGCUUCGGCAAAGCCUUCGACACAGUCGUGAUGAAUCCUCCAUUUGGGACCAAGAAGAACGUCGGAAUGGAUAUGAAAUUCCUCGAAGUGGGCAUCUUUCUGGCCAGAACGGCCGUCUAUUCGCUCCAUAAGUCCUCAACGCGGGAUUUUGUGAAGAAAAGCGCUAUUCAAUUGGGCGUUGAGCCCAAGAUUGUUGCCCAGCUUCGGUACAACAUCGAUGCUGCGUACAAGUUUCACAAGAAGAAAUCUGUGGACAUUGAUGUAGAUUUCUGGCGAUUUCAACUCCCCAAGACAGACCUUUAAAGCUGGAUAGUGAAUAAAAAUUAAACUAAUUGUAUGGUGUGAAGAUGAUUGUUAAGUAUAAAUAAAAUCAAUGGGAAAAUGA